AUGGCGGCUUCCACAGGUCUCCGGGGGCUUCUCCUCCGCUCCUCCACUCUCCGCCGCUUCUCCUCCGCCGCCGCCAUUCUCAAUCCCGCCGAUCCCGCCGCUCCGCUUACCGGGAAGCAGAAGUCCCGCGCGGCGAUCUCCCUGAUCAAGUCCGAGAAGGAGCCUGAACGGAUCGUCGAGAUAUGCAACGCCGCCGCCCUCACCCCGGAGUGCCACCUCGACCGGAUCGCAUUCUCCCUCGCCAUUUCGAAGCUCGCCGCCGCUAAGUCCUUUGUGGCAGUCCGCUCGUUCCUGGACGAUCUCCUAAGCUCCCGCCCCGACCUUCAGAACGAGCGGUUCCGGGCGCACGCCAUCGUCCUCUUUGGCCAGGCCGGAAUGAUCGACGACGCGGUCCGCGUCUUCAAGAGCUGCGGGGAAACCACAGUCAAGACCCUCAAUGCGCUCCUCUUCGCCUGCGUGCUUGCCAAGAAGCACGACGAGGUCGGCCGGAUCUUCCGCGAGUUCCCGAAAACCUACGGGAUCGCCCCCAACCUGGAAACGUACAACACUGUGAUCAAGUCCUUCUGCGAGUCGGGGACGUCCAGGUCCGUCUACUCGAUCCUGGACGAGAUGGGGAGGAAGGGGAUCAAACCGAACAUGACGUCCUACAGCACUCUACUCGCCGGAUUUUACCAGGAGGAGAAGUUCGAGGAUGUGGGGAAGGUCCUGGAGAUCAUGAAGAAGAACGACUGUCCCCCGGGGCUGAGCACCUACAACGUGAGGAUCCAGAGCCUCUGCAAGCUCAAGAGGCCCGCCGAGGCGAAGGCGCUGCUCGAAGGGAUGGUCCAGAGGGGAAUGAAGCCGAACGCCGCCACCUACCACCAUCUGAUCCACGGUUUCUGCAAGGACGGGGACUUGGAAGAGGCCAAGCGGCUCUUCGCGGAGAUGAGCCGGAAGGGGUGCGUCCCCGACAGCAGCUGCUACUUCACUCUGAUCUACUACCUGUGCCAAGCUGGGGAUUUCGAGACGGCCUUGAGCGUCUGCAAGGAGAGCAUGGAGAAGAACUGGGUCCCCUGUUUCUCCACCAUGAAGGCCCUCGUGGACGGCCUCGCGAAGAAUUCAAAGCUAGACGAGGCCAGGGAGAUCGUCGAGAAGCUGAAAGAGAGGUUCUCCAAAAACUCUGAGAUGUGGAAGGAGGUCGAAGAGAGCUUGGCGUAG